UUUGUAAAACCCCACUUACCAAAAAGAAAAACAAAAGACUUGUAAAAGCACCUCCUCAGUUCCCACAGAGCUGAACAAGUAGCAGCAACAGACAGUAGCAUUCUUUCAGACAAGAAGAAGAAGAAUAAUAAGAAAAUGGGAUCAAAGAGCAAAGCGAAGAAGAAAGGUUCAGUUUCACAGGAUCUUCUAGAAACCCUAGGAGACUUCACCAGCAAAGAUAACUGGGACAAAUUCUUCACCAUUCGCGACGACUCUUUCGAAUGGUACGCCGAAUGGACUCACCUAAGGGACCCACUCAUCUCCCUCCUCCAAACCCUAACUUCCCCUCCGCCUCUUCACAUUCUCGUUCCCGGUUGCGGCAACUCCCGUCUCUCCGAACACCUCUACGAUGCCGGCUACACUUCCAUCACCAACGUUGAUUUCUCCAAAGUCGUUAUCUCCGAUAUGCUCCGCCGUAACGUCCGUCCUCGUCCUCUCAUGCGCUGGCGUGUCAUGGACAUGACCGCCAUGCAGUUUGAAGAUGAGAGUUUCAGCGCUGUCGUUGAUAAAGGUGGAUUGGACGCUUUAAUGGAGCCUGAGCUUGGUUCAAAUUUGGGAAAUCAGUAUCUCUCCGAGGUUAAGAGAGUUUUAAAGCCUGGGGGAAAGUUUGUGUGUCUUACUUUGGCUGAAUCUCAUGUACUUGAUAUACUUUUCUCGAAGUUUCGACUUGGCUGGAAAAUGAGUGUUGAUGCCAUACCUUUGAACUCUUCUAGUAAACCUAACCUUCAAACAUUUAUGGUGGUUGUGGAGAAGGAGCUGUCUACUACAGUACACCAGAUUACAUCUCUACUACAUAGUGCUUCACUUCAUUGUAAUUCAGAACAGGCUUUUGGACUCCGGGAGGCUCUUCAAAAUGAGAAUCAAAUUCGUGAUAAAUUAUCCAGUAGCUCUGAUACACUAUACUCCGUGGAAGAUCUGCAAGAGGACCUGAAAAAUCUUUCCCAAGGCCGGCGAUUGCAGCUAACUUUGGGUGGCCAAGGGUGCUCUGCUUUCUCUUAUAGAGCUGUAGUUCUUGAUGCAGAGGAACAGUCUGAUCCAUUUACAUAUCACUGUGGGGUUUUCAUUGUGCCUAAGAUUCGUGCUCACGAAUGGCUCUUCUUUUCGGAAGAAGGACAAUGGAUGGUGGUCAGAAGCUCCAAAGCAGCUCGUCUCAUAAUGGUUUUCUUGGACACCAGCCAUACUAAUGCCCGCAUGGAUGAGAUUCAGAAAGAUUUGUCUCCUUUGGUUAAACAGUUGGAACCUAAUGAAAAUGUGAAUGGAGCUCAAAUACCUUUCUUGAUGGCAAGUGAUGGGAUCAAGAAGCGAAACAUUGUUCACCAGAUCACAUCUUCAUUAACUGGAUCAAUUAUUGUUGAAGAUGUAGUUUAUGAAAAUGUUGAUAGUGAAGUCAGUUGUAUCUUUCCUUCUAGAGAGUUGAUGUUUCGACGCCUAGUAUUUGAAAGAGCUGCAAAUUUGGUUCAGUCUGAAGCUGUGCUAAGAGACGAACUUUUACCUACAAAGUUGGUUGGUGAGACAGAAACAAAGAAAGUCAACUCAUCCUCAAAAUCUAAGAAAAGUGGAUCUCAAAGACAGAUUGAUGGAGCAUCUAACCAGUUGACUGUCUAUCAUGGCUAUGUUGCUAGUUCUUAUCAUACAGGGAUUAUUUCAGGAUUCUCGUUAAUAUCCUCUUACAUGGAAAAUGUGGCAUCAAGUGGGAAAAUGGUAAAAGCUGUAAUCAUAGGACUUGGAGCAGGUUUACUUCCUAUGUUUCUUCACAGGUGUAUUCCAGUUUUGGAAAUCGAGGCAGUGGAGUUAGACCCUGUAAUUGUUGAUAUUGCAAGGGAGUACUUCAGUUUUGUUGAUGAUAAACGCUUAAAGGUGCAUAUAUCUGAUGGGAUCCAGUUUGUUCGAGAGAAUGCUAGUUCUGGAACAGCUCAGAUUCAUAGUAAAAGUAAUGACCCUAGCUAUACCGAUUCUCCUUCAAAUGAGAGUUCAACUGCUUCUCCUUCUCAUGCUGAAGGUGUAGAAGCUACAAAAGUUGAUAUAGUUAUUGUUGAUGUUGACUCUUCAGACUCAAGCUCUGGACUGGCAUGCCCUGCACCAGACUUUUUGGACGAGUCUUUUCUUGAGACUGUAAAGGAUAAACUUUCAGAGCAAGGUCUCUUUGUUGUCAAUUUGGUGUCGCGGUCCCAAGCCAUCAAGGAUAUGGCUCUCUUGAGAAUGAAAAAGUUGCAAGCUCUGAAUGUCUCCUGGUCAUGCUUGUUCUGAGGAGAUGAUGCCAGACUGCUGUGUAUCUCAUGAUAAGUAGCUUCACUCUGGAAAACCAAAUAAUGAGAUUAUACUACUUUUUUCUUGAGAAAUUUUAAACUGACUUUUUAUUCAUUCAUCUAAACUAUUCUUUGAUGCAUACAUUGGCAAUUUCAAAAUUACUUUUAGAAUGGAAGUGACAGCAUAAAAUAUGAGAAUCUUUAUAAAAUACUACCAUAUAGUUCAAUUUCAUUAAGAUUAUUUACUCUAUUACGCAUAAUUUUUAAAUUCAAGCCACCAUAGAAAGGCAGUCCAGCAACCGAGAUGGGGAUUUGGCGGUGGUCGUAUGUAUGCAGCCUUAAUAUCAUAAGCAGAGAGGAUUUGCUUCAAAUGAAACCCAUCGCCAUUUGGUGAGAAGGCACUUAUUAUUUUGCCAUAGCCCAUGGAUUGGCCUAAAAUCAAAUGCAUCCUUGUGGUUGGAAUUUUAAUUUGUAACAAUUACAAAUUUUGUCCCAAAGUUAGGCUGAAGCAAGUCUAACUCAUUAGUCGUAUAUAUUAUGCAAAAGUGUUACAAAAUUAUUUAACGGAUAAUCUUGUAUAAAAUUUUAACAAACUGUUAAUUCAUUCUUUCUAGUAUGACAUUUCAGUUUUUUUUCUUCGAAGAGGAAGCAUUUUCUUGUUUAUUGAGAAUGUUACACUCUGGAUGUUGCUAUCCAACAUAUAACUAUCUAUUCAGUAUUGAAUUUUGAUCUGCUGACAAUGUAAAUAUUUUACACCAUGCAUUGUUCACUAAACAGCAUGUGAGUAUGGUCAUGGUUACUGUAGUUAGACAUUGAUUAUUAUUCUGCAAUAUUAU